GGCGAAAGGAUAGUUGUGAGGUGCACAUGCUCACCUUGAGCUUCCUGAGCAAGGGACAUUAUGAGCUACUGGCCUUUCCAGACGCUUGCCAAUCAAAUCACCUCCUGUCAGCAUGGUGGAGGGAGAGUAUCGCACAGUGUGAAUCAAUCUGUGAUGAGUGUGGGCUCAUUCGCCAACAGGUCUCUGGCAGAGCACAAGCAGUUUCACGAUGAGUAUCGGUCAACCCAAGAGUGAAGGAGCCCCGCUACUGCCGACCGCCUCCUCCGACCCUGUCGUGGACAAGAUCGAAGCAGAGCCGACCCAUCAUGCUCUACUCGGUAUUACGUGCGUGGCUUUGGCGUCUCUGUGCUUUAGCCUCAUGGUCACGUUCAUCAAGUACAUGACGUUCUCGUUCUCAUCCAUGGAGGCCACAUUCUGGCGCUCAAUCGGCGUCCUUGUGUUCAAUUACAUUACAGUAAAGGUAUCAGGGACAAGUCUAUACGUUCCGCCUGAAUACCGUCGGAUGCUGCUAUAUCGCUGUCUCGUUGGCUUUACCUGCAUGGGCUUUGCCUUCUACGCGAUGUCACAAAUGGUACUGGCCGACGCUAGUGCAUUAAUCCUGACUUCGCCAAUUAUGACCUUCUUCAUGAGCGCGAUCUUUUUGGGAGAGAAGAUCGAUCCUGUGAGUCUAUUGUGCGCUUUCGGUUCAUUUGGCGGCCUGAUCUGUGUCGUACGACCGGGUUUUCUGUUUGGAUAUGAUGACUCGGUCGCUGCGAAGGCUAACUCUUGGAUUGGAGUGUGUUCGGCACUCCUCGGAGCGCUGAGUCAGGUUGGGGUAUUCCUGACCGUGCGCCAGCUGAAGGGACUCAACGUUUUCGUGAUAGUUCAUUAUUUCGCGUUGGCUAGUGUCAUUUUGACGAUGCUGUGGCUGACGCUGAUUCAACAGUCCUUCCUCAUUCCUUCGACGUUCCAACUCUGGAGAGCCAUCCUGGGAACUGGUGUGUUCGCAUUCGGCGGCCAAAUGCUGCUCACAAAAGGCUUCCAGCUUGAAAAAGCUGGCAUUGCGGCUGUCAUGCGCUAUCUGCAAGUGGUAUUCGUCUUCAUUUGGGACUCGCUUAUUUUGGGCGAGCACAUCAACCACUGGAGCAUCGUCGGCGCGUUCAUUAUCGUAUCUGGCGCAGUGGCUAUUGCAGUACGAAAGAUCAAGACUGUACGAGGCUAGCGCUCAUGUAAACUGCAGUAGUUGGAGUCAAGCGUGCAAAUGACGGAGACAAAUGUAGUAGCGGACGAUACCCAAUUCUUUUUAACUUGCUGUUAUUAAAAUUGCACGAUCAAAAUGAUUGGAAUGUCUCCAUAGUA